AUGAAGCUCACCGGGGUCAUCCUCACCAGUCUCAUCGGCUGCGUCGCUGCCCUUCCUCCGCCUUUCUUUAACGGCCCUCCCGCUGCCUCUGGCACAGUGGCUCCUGAGGCUUCUUCCUUCCCUCCGCCCAGCUCAGCCUCUGGCGCUGCUCCAUCUGAAGCCCCCGAAGGCUACCAAAAGCGUCAAUUUGGCACUCCACAGCAGUCCGCUCCACUUCCUCCCUCUGGAUCUCUUGGUCCCGCUCCCUCCGGUCACCCUGAAGGGUUCGACAUACGUCAGUUUGGAGGCCCUUUCAACUCCGCUCCUGCCCCUAGUCCCUCGGCCACGCCUGAGGGCUUCACAGAGCAUCAAUUUGCAGGACCUGCCGAGUCCGCCCCCGCCGGUGCUCCGUCCGGCACACCCGGUCCCGUACCAUCCGGCAACUUCAAUGGUUUUGCUCAACGCCAAUACGGAAGCCCAUCCGAGUCUGCUCCUGCAGGUCCCUCUGGUGCACCGGGUCCUGCACCCUCUGCUUCCCUCGAAAGCUUCCCCAAGCGCCAGUUCGGAUCUUUUGCAGAAGGAUCCGAGCAAGGCCAGCAAGGCCAGGCGCCUCCGCCUCCUAGUGGGGUUCCUUCUGGCUUCCCGUCUACGACACCCUUCGGUACUGUUGAACAGCGCCAGGUUGGAGAGUUUCCGGCUCCCUCUCCUACCCCCAGUGGUGCGGUUCGCGGCUACUAA